GCGCACGCACUCGCAAUGGACGUGGUCCGGCGACGUGAAGACGUGUAGAACGUAGAACGAUCGCCGCGGUUAUCCGUGGUUACUGGUUAGUAGCGAGAGCAGUCCGCAGUGUUGCUAUAGUCAGGUACCCAACAGGAAUAGAUCGACGGACUCAACGUCGUCCGCACAUAUCGUGUGGGUUCAACCUCCGGUGUAGAUCAUCGCCGUCAUAGAUCAUACCGUAUAAUAUCGUCAUCGUGCAUUCGUGCGUUCGCAGCUGCACAGCAUUCGACCGCGCGUCGUACAGAAUAAAAAAUAUUAUUUUUUUAAGUAUUAUACAUUAACGAUAUUAUUGUACCUCGACGUACCGGUCGAAAUGUUCAGCGGCAAGUGCACGAGUGCGGCCAGAUUGGACGGCAAGACCGCCAUCAUCACCGGUUCGAACACGGGAAUCGGCAAAGUCACGGCCAAAGAGUUCUACAGGAUCGGUGCUAAGGUUAUUGUAGCAUGCCGAGAUGUUAAAAAAGCGGAACAAGCUGUUACAGAGAUAGUGGCCGAUGUAAAAGGUGAUAAUUUAGGACAACUGGUCGUAGAGGAAUUGGACUUGGCAUCUUUCGCUUCGAUUAAACGCUGUGCAAAAAAUAUUUUGCAAAAAGAAAAAAAUAUUCAUCUCUUAGUGAACAAUGCUGGGGUAAUGGCGUGCCCUAAGAGUAAAACCCAAGAUGGCUUUGAAACACAGUUUGGCGUGAAUCACUUGGGACACUUUCUAUUCACAUCACUACUAUUGCCAAGAAUCCGAAAUUCAACUCCGGCUCGGAUCGUUAACGUUUCAUCGAUGGCUCACACAAGAGGUGUAAUUAAUUUUGAAGACAUAAAUUACGAUGCAAAUUAUUCGGCCAUGGUAGCUUACAGCCAAAGUAAACUGGCCAAUGUGCUGUUUUCAAAGGAAUUGUCAAAAAGGCUCGAAGGUACCGGGGUACAUGUGUACAGUUUACAUCCUGGCCUCGUAAAAACAGAAUUAGGUAGAACAAUCGACCAAGUGUACUUUCCAGGAAUGCGAUUCAUAGCUCGUUUCUUUCUCUAUCCGUGGAUGAAAACCCCAGAACAAGGAGCUCAAACUACUUUACAUUGUUCGAUUGACGAAAAAGCUGGAGAAGAAAAUGGUCUCUACUACAGCGAUUGUAAGGUAAAAGAACCUUCAGCAUUAGCCAAAGACCCAGAAUUGGCCAAAAAACUUUGGGAAACUAGUAUAGAAAUGGUCGGCUUAAAGGAUUACGACAUGUUUAAAUGCAGUGGAGACUCGCUCCCCGAACCUUUAAAAGACGUUUGAACGAGAAAUUCUCAUCGUUUUAUAAUACAAAUAGUUUUAUUUUAUUUUUACAUAUAGUUAUUUUAAUCUGUACUUAUAAGUUUAUUAAUUUUAU